AUGAGAAAUCACGAAAAACGACCCACUGGGGUUACGCCAUUGCCUGAAGUGGAUGAGGGGUAUUCACAUUAUGCUAAACGUGAAAAAGGUCGUGGCCCUGUUCGUGGCCGUGGCCAUGGCCAAGGAAGAAUUUUUACUGGGGUUAAUCACCCCUCAAAGAAAAAUAACUACCUAAAGUGGAAAGGGAAAGAUGAGAAGCCAAAAGUUAAGGGUUCAGAAACUGAAUGCUAUCAUUGCGGUGGAAAAGGGCAUUUGACAAAUAUUUGUCGGACACCAAGACAUUUGGUUGAGCUUUAUCAAGUAUCUCUAAAGAAUAAAGGCCCUGAAUUUAAUUUUAUCUUUGACACCACCUACUUGGAUGUGGCAGAUUUCUUUGAGCACCCUGAUGAAAAAAUAGACCUCUUAAUCGGUGAUGGAUCCGUGGUUAAAGAUGAUUGA